CUCGCGCGCCACCAUGGUGUACUGUGAACGUUGCGGGCGUUCUUUCGUAACUGAGCAUGCUUUGCGGCAGCACCAACGCUAUUCAAGCAAUCACCACUUAUGCGAUGCGUGUGACAGGGACUUUGUCUCUGAAGCCGCCCUCAAACAACAUCAUAUGAACAGCUCUCGUCACACUUACUGUACGAUCUGUGAAGAGCUCAUUGACAACUUGGGCAUCUCACUGCAAGAACAUCGUGAGAAGACCCACCACGCAUGUCCAGGAUGCGACCGGGUCUUCGAAGACCGCCGGUCGAUGCUCGCCCACUGUGAGCAAGCCCAUGCCGAUCGCUGGUGCUCCGAGUGCGAGCAGAUGUUCAAAAACGAGAACAAUCUACGCCAGCACCUUCAUUCCUCAACUCACCGGCCCGCCAAUCUCCCGUGCCCCAUGGAAGACUGCGAAAGAUCUUUCAUCGGUCCUGCCGCCCUGGUCCUUCAUUACGAGGGCGGAGCAUGUCCUUCGGGCCUGACGCGCUGCACAGUCCUUCGUGCCGUCGCAAGAUACGACAAGCAGGGCGUAAUCACGACCAACGACAACCGAUGCUAUUGCCCGGAGGCUUACGGUGGAUGUGGGCAGGAAUAUACCCUCGUGAGCGCCCUAUUCCAGCACAUCGAGCAUGGACGGUGUGGGCUCGACCGCUCUGCGCGCAAGCUCAAGAAAGUCCUGGAUGGCGUCACCAAGGGAAGAUUCGUGACGAUGUCUUGAUACAUGUGGUCGAAGAAGGACACUCUGCAGACAACCUCGCUCGGCACCCUCGCUCAAACAGGUUCCUUGCGCGUGGGCACAACAACGGAAUCUACACCGUUCAACUCUCAUCUCCUUUAGUUUGGCCCCGUGGCCACUCGCGCGCAAUGAUAUAUUUCGCGCGCAACGGGCUCACUCAUUCAUCUCUAUGUUGUAUUUGUAUUGAGUCACAGACAAU